UUUUUUUUUUUUUUCUUUUUUGCCUCUUGUCGCCCCCAUCUUUGAACCUUCUCCUCGGCUUCUCCUUCUUCCUCCUCCGCUCCGCUCCUCUGACCAAUAAUCUGGCAAAGGCAAACCCCCCACUCUCCCCUAUAUAUCCCCUCCGUUCCAAUCCCACGGGCUCAGGCCGCGCCACCACCAGUAGCAGCAGCAGCACACAGGCGGUAGCCAGCUAGCGGAGAGGGAGCAGCCAGGGAGGGAGGGAGGGAGGGAGGGAGGAGGGGGAAUUCGGGGGGUUGCGAUGGCGAAGCUGUACGUGCAGGCGGUGCAGCCGGCGGAUCUGAACAAGAACACGGAGUGGUUCAUGUACCCCGGGGUGUGGACGACCUACAUCCUCAUCCUCUUCUUCUCCUGGCUGCUCGUCCUCUCCGUUUUCGGCUGCACCCCAGGCAUGGCCUGGACGCUCGUCAACCUCGCCCACUUCGCGAUCACAUACCACUUUUUUCACUGGAAGAAGGGAACUCCCUUUGCAGAUGACCAGGGGAUGUAUAAUAGAUUGACUUGGUGGGAGCAAAUGGACAAUGGGAAGCAGCUUACUCGCAACAGAAAAUUUCUGACCGUGGUUCCUCUGGUCCUAUACUUGAUAGCCUCGCAUACAACAGAUUAUCAACAUCCCAUGCUCUUCCUUAACACUGUUGCAGUCGUCGUGCUGGUUGUUGCAAAACUACCGAACAUGCACAAGGUCCGGAUCUUUGGAAUCAAUGCCGGCAACUAGGUGGCAGCAUCCCACAGUUUGUUACCACUGCCAUGCUUCAUUUGAGUUGCAGGAAACGGUAUACCUAGUUAUGAAUUGGAUAACCAAAGUGAGUAGUUUUUAAGGUGUAGUCGAUGACAUGUUAUCGUUGUACAGAGCUAAAGGCAUGGAAAAUGACGUUGUUCAGCAUCUAGUGAACACAACUUCUUUAGGCUCUUAUCCCACCAGAAAGAAUGUUCAUUUCACUGUUAAUGUUGUUAUAUAUAUCCUCCCCUUUAAGUGUAUGCCAGUUGCCACAUAUACAGCGUUGUGCUUCAUGGAGAAUUUCUGUAUUGUCAUA